AUGAAGGAGAAAACCAUUCUGACUCGCUGUCGCUUAACCUCCGACCUGCCUUCUCCGCGGCCUCAACAUUCCUCUAGUAAGAUGGCGGCGGAGAGCAUGUCGGCGGCUGGGAGAAGCGGCGGCAAGAGCGGGGGAAAUAAAAGGUCAGCUCAAGUGCUGGAGCCCGAAGAGCAGCUUCCCAUCUUUGAAAGCUCAGCACUUGAUGAGGAUGCCGGUGAUCUGUCAGACAGUGAAGAGAGCGUGUUCUCUGGUCUGGGGGAUUCGGGGAGUGACAGCAGUGAUGAAGGAGAUGAUGACGGUGAGGGGGGUGAGAGUGAUGAAGACAGUGACAGUGGAGUUGAAGAGAAUAGUGUGAAGAACAAGCUGGACAAGCAGGAUAUCAAGGUCAGGAAAGAGGAAGGUGAAAGCUGUGGAAAGUCGGUGGAGUCAGGUGGCACUUUGCGGCCAGAGCCAUCGGGGUUGACCUCUCCUGUGGAUGAGUACAAGGAGGACAGCUCGGAUGAAGAGGAUAUCCGGAAUACUGUGGGUAAUAUCCCUAUGGAAUGGUACAAAGACUAUCCACACAUUGGAUAUGACUUAGAUGGGAAAAAGAUCUACAAACCAAUCCGAAAUAAGGAUGAACUGGAUGAAUUUCUGGAUAAAAUGGAGAAUCCAGAUUACUGGCGUACUGUUCCAGAUAAGAUGACUGGCACUGAUAUCCGGCUUACAGACGAACAAAUAGACCUUGUUCACAGGAUUCAGAAGGGGCAGUUUGGAGAUGCCAAGUUUGACCCACAUCAGCCCUCCAUUGAUUUCUUUACCCAUGAGACGAUGAUUCACCCUGUGACCAACCAUCCAGCUCACAAACGCAGCUUCAUUCCGUCACUCAUCGAGAAGGAGAAGGUGUCAAAGCUCGUGCAUGCAAUCAAAAUGGGCUGGAUCAAACCCCGCAAGCCUCGUGAUGACACACCACAGUACUAUGACCUGUGGGCGAAGGAAGACCCCAAUGCAAUCCUAGGUCGGCAUAAAAUGCAUGUUCCUGCUCCAAAGCUGAAGCUCCCAGGGCACGAAGAGUCCUAUAACCCCCCUCCUGAAUAUUUACUAACAGAGGAAGAGAGACUUGCCUGGGAACAGCAGGAGCCUGAGGAACGGAAACUUAACUUCCUCCCGCAGAAGUUUCCAUCGUUACGUGCUGUGCCGGCGUUCUCACGUUUCAUCCACGAGCGCUUCGAGCGGUGCCUCGAUCUCUACCUCUGUCCGCGACAGCGGAAGAUGCGGGUGAAUGUGGACCCAGACGAUCUGAUACCAAAGCUUCCCAAGCCGAAAGACCUGCAGCCAUUCCCAACCACUCAAGCUCUGGUUUACACGGGCCACACGAACCUGGUACGGUGCAUCAGUGUCUCUCCCAGCGGCCAGUGGCUGGCAUCAGGCUCGGAUGACCACACAGUUCGCUUCUGGGAGGUUGCCACAGCCCGCUGCUUGAAGAUCAUUGAGGUGGAAGGAGCUGUGAAGAGCAUCGCUUGGAACCCUAACCCUGUUCACUGUCUUGUAGCGUUGGCUGUUGAACACUCUGUCAUCAUCAUCAAUCCCUGUCUGGGUGAUAAGCUGCUGUACAACGCCACCGACCAGCUCAUCGCAUCGUUCGAGAAGCCUGAGGAGGAGCCACCACAGCCUGUGGAGUGGACAGCGUCUGAGGGAGAGACUUUUGAUGCAGGAUUCCGACUGAUCAUCAAGCACAACAAGCUGGUAAAGCAGGUAACGUGGCACGGCAAGGGAGACUACUUUGCCUCAGUUAUCCCGGAGAACGGCAACGCCCAGGUCCUCAUCCACCAGCUGAGCCGGCGGCGCAGUCAGAACCCUUUCCGCAGGAACAAAGGCAUGGUGCAGUGUGUCCGUUUCCAUCCUAUCCGGCCCUUCUUCUUCGUGGCCACGCAGCGCUACGUCCGUGUCUACAACCUCCUCAAGCAGGAGCUCACCAAGAAACUGAUGACCAACUGCAAGUGGGUGUCCAGCAUGGCCAUCCACCCUGGGGGAGAUAAUGUGAUCUGUGGAAGUUAUGACAGCCGCCUGGCCUGGUUCGACCUGGAUCUCUCCACCAAGCCUUACCGAGUGCUCAGGCAUCACAAGAGAGCUCUGCGAGGUGUAGCUUUCCACAGGCGUUAUCCGCUUUUUGCCUCGGCAUCUGACGAUGGCACGGUCAUUGUCUGCCAUGGAAUGGUGUACAGCGACCUGCUCCAGAACCCGCUGAUCGCGCCCGUGAAGCUGCUGAGGGGCCACGAAAUCACCCGCGACCUGGGUGUGCUGGACGUCAUCUUCCAUCCCACCCAGCCGUGGGUUUUCUCCGCAGGAGCAGACAGCACCAUCCGCCUCUACACCUAGUGCUUGGCC